CUACUAUAUAACAAAUAAUUUGAGUAUUGAAUACACCAGUGUAUGGCAGCAGUAAGGAAAGCAGCCAGCAUGCUCAACCUUAGCAACAUGAACCCGUGUGUGAAGGAGAUGCAGUACGCGGUAAGGGGUCCUAUCGUCAUCAGAGCAGCUCAACUAGAGAAGGAACUCAAGUCGGGUAAGAGUAUGCCAUUCGAGCAAGUGAUUAGAGCUAACAUUGGAGAUGCCCAUGCCAUGGGACAGAAACCUAUAUCUUUCGUUAGAGAGGUCAUAUCACUAUCUGUAUCUCCUAAUCUUAUGAAAACAGCUCCCUCUUGUUUUACUAAUGAUGCUAUACAAAGAGCUACUGAAAUUCUUGAGAAUGUUGGAGGUCAAAGUAUGGGAUCCUACACAGACUCACCAGGGAUAGUAACAGUAAGGAACCACGUGGCAGAGUACAUCUCAGAAAGGGACGGUUACCCAGCCAGUCCUGAUGAUAUCUUUGUUGGAACUGGAGCUAGCAGCUGUAUCAAGAACAUAAUGAAGCUGUGUUUGACGAUGGAUAACGAGUCCAGACCCGGUUUCAUGAUCCCUGUACCUCAGUACCCUCUCUACUCCGCUUGUACUGCUGAGUUUAACGCUGAACUGAUAAGUUAUUACAUGGACGAGCAUAACAACUGGACACUGAACCCAGAGGAACUAGAACGAGCGUACGAUGAGGCAAAGUCGAGAUGUGUCCCUAAAGCUAUCUGUGUCAUUAAUCCGGGCAACCCCACGGGCCAGAACAUUCCUCCAGAGAACAUAGUAGACAUCAUCAAGUUCGCCCACAAACAUGACCUCCUGAUAAUGGCUGACGAAGUUUACCAGACCAACAUCUGGGGUGACGACGAUCAGUUUGUGUCCUUCAAGAAGGUCCUGCGGUCUCUGGGACCUGAGUACGAUUCUCAACCGCUGGCAUCUUUCCAUUCGGUCUCCAAGGGUUUUAUGGGAGAGUGUGGACUGAGGGGAGGCUAUUGUGAGAUGACCAACUUCGACCCGGAAGUGAAAGUGAUGCUGCAGAAGCUUAUCUCUGCUUCUCUGUGUUCCUCUACUUCCGGUCAAGUUGCUAUCAGCUGUAUGGUUAAGGCUCCCUCUGGUGACGCCGCUGAACUGUACAAAUCUGAAACCGAAGGAGUUCUGGCGUCCCUCAAAGAGCGGUCCAUCCUGGUUCACGAGAAACUGAACGAGAUUCCUGGCAUUGUCUGCAAUAAUCUCCAGGGCGCCAUGUACGCAUUCCCUCGCAUCGAAAUCCCCAAGAAAGCUAUCGAGCUCGCGGAAAGCAAGGGCGUAACUCCAGACUUCUUCUACUGUUUGGAGCUUCUAGAAAACACGGGUAUCUGCGUGGUUCCUGGCAGUGGAUUCUGGCAGUACCCUGGUACCUUCCACUUCAGGAUGACGAUCCUUCCUCCAAUGGAACAGCUGGUAGUUUUCCUGGAGAAACUGGCUAAGUUUCAUGUUGAGUUCAGAGAGAAAUACGGAUAGAUUUUGGGGGAUAUUGUUAUCGGGAUUUUUGUGAUCCUUACACUUGAUUAUACAUAUGAUGUAUUGGGAAAUAAGCUAGUAAUGUAUUUCAAGUAUGCUCUUUUGUUUGAGACUUUUAGUAUACAGUAUUGAAUUUUAUAAUGGUGGUUGGGUUUUCGGUUAACUUAUUAUUGCGCUACCGGGCUUGAUAAAGUAGUUUAACAAUUAUCGAACGUUCAGUGUGGAGCUUAUAAUAAUGGAAUGUUGGGCAGUAACUUCAAGUGGUCAUUGUAGUUUAGUUUUUAUAUUAGAAUGGUUUUUUUUAUGUUUAAUAAAAACGAAAUUCAAUGUUGAAACCUGUGUCAAACAUGUGACUGACCCAAGUCCCAUGUUAUUUUUAAUAGAUGCAGAGACAAAAUUAUAACAUUGAACCAUUCUGAUACUUGUUUGGCACAGACCUUGAAUAAUGAAUUGUGAUGAUCAGGUCUGUCCGCAAUGAAAAAUUCUAGUUUUGAUACAUUGAUGUGAUGAGUGUUUGUGGUUUGGUCGAUUUUUGUUGUUCCGAAUUAUAGUUUAAGUUUGUACAAUGUAUAUUUUCUAUCUGAUACGUUUAAAAAAUCCAAGAUAAA